AUGCUAGCGCUGCGAGCCGCGCGCUGUGGCAACUCAGCGUUGCCAGCGGCACGUGGCUUUGCCGUUCUCUCCCACACAUGGACAGGCGGCCAGCGCCCAGAUGUUGGUGAGCCGCAGAAGGUUUGUGUAAUGAUGCACGGCAUUCUGGGAUCAAAGUCGAACUGGAAUACGCCCUCUCGUCGCCUUUUGCAGCAGAUAGGCCCUCAGGGCUGGCGAAUCCUGCAAGUUGACCACCGUGGCCAUGGGAGAUCUCCAUCAGGAUCUGCGCCUCACACCUUGGAGGCCUGUAAGGAUGACGUCCUUGAAACGCUUCAGGCAGUAGGCAUCUCGGAAGCUGAGCUCGUGCUUUGUGGCCACUCGUUUGGUGGAAAGGUAGCGCUGGCCGUGCUCCGUGCCUUGCUAGCCAAAGGCAGGCCGCCCAAAUACACCUGGAUUUUCGACUCAGUUCCAGGACAGCCGGCGGAAGCCUCCGAAGAAGAGGAGCGGCGCAUGCAAAGUGUGAACUUUGUGCUGCGUGCUGUCGCAUCUGCGGCGUCGAGACGCUUUGAGAGCCGCAGUGAUCUCGUGGACAUUCUGCAGGCGGAGUACGGUCUGACAAAGCCAGUGGCGGAGUGGAUUGCCCAGUCUGUUCGUCAAUCAUCGGAUGGGGUGGAGCUGAGCUACGAUAUGGGAGCGGUCUGUGAGCUAUAUGACGCUUACCGGCGAACAGACAAAUGGGAUCUGCUUCAGGCAGGCAAUGCAGUGUCUUGGAGAAACACGGAUGACAGAAGUAUGCAAAGUGUCCUGGACGUGAAGAAGGCUUUGGAGCCAGUGGUGGUCGACCUUCCGGUCCCACAGCAGCGGCUGACAUUACUUCGGACAGGAAAGAGGCUGGAGCCAGAUUCUCAGCAGCUAGCGGCCUUUGGAUUGAAGGAUGGUGAUGAGUUAGCUGAGGAGGCUGGGCUGGUGACGCAGUAUCCCACCAAAUGUGUGGCAAAGACAGCCUACCGCAUGAAGCUCGAGCCGCAGGAAAACCAGGGUUCGACUUGCUUGUCAGGCCUCAUGACGAAUCAGAUGCCUGGACGAGGGUUGCUGGCGCCCAUGUCGCGGGAAGAAUUCCUGAAGCAUUGCUGGGCGGCAAAGGCGGCGCUCCGCAGCGUUGGGGUGGAUGCGGCUGCAGCGCUUGGCCUCAGGGCAGCCAAUGCGGCACUGUAUUUCCGGGCCAGCGAAGAGCUCGAGACACGUGAACUUGGGCGCCUUCUGUUUGGCGUGUAUGAUGUUGCUGCCAAGGUGCUGCAACAGUGGGCUCCUGUGGCCCAGCGGGAGGCGUUGGGAAUCUUCUGGUUAGCCGGAUCUGCUGCGGCCUGGGUGCGGGCGCAGCCGGGAUGUACCCAGGCCGAGCCAGGAUGGCACACGGACUUCCAGCACAACUUCACCUUCCAGUUGAAGGGAGCCAAGCGUUGGCGCUUCAAAGCGGGGCCGGUCAAGAACAACGUGCGUGCAUUGACUCCGCACUUUCAGACGCGGUCCAACUUCGAGCAGCAGAUGAAGCUCCAUUUGUUGAGUGACCCCACCAGCACAGACUACCAGCCACCGGACGAGUUCUUUGCGGAUGCGGAAGAGGUGGUGCUACAUGAGGGAGCUGUGCUCUACCAUCCUGCUGGGAUUUGGCAUCACGUAGAAUGCCUGGGCGACGAGAGCAUCUCCAUCAACGUGUCUCUGUCCUGUGCCACGUGGGCUGACUUAGUCGGCGAUGCUGUGCGCCAGCUUUGCUGGGGCUCUGCCAGUUUGCGCCAACCUUUGGUCGGUUUGGAUUCAGGGGAGCCGUCAACGAUGCGAAACCUGGUGAACCAGAGGCUGAAAGAAGCGAAGCGAUAUUUCAACGCCCUGACAGCCGAAGACUUGCUGCCAACCGCUAUGCUUGACCUGCCAAGGCUGCCUUCGCGCAUUCACCUGGGAAAGUCCACGCUUGGAAGCAACUUGUCUGUCGCGCAGUCGGACAGGCUCUGCUUCGGGCAGCUUUCCAGCCUUGUGGAGCUUGCAGAUGCAGAUUCCGAAGACGAGGACGUGGCAAAAAGUGCAAAGCACUACGCUCUGCACAUAAACUUCGGCAAUGAGGAUGCUGCCUCCUGGCUUCGGCUCGUACUCGUGGCUCCGAGAGCCCUUCACGGGGCUGUAGCGUGGCUUGGCCAGCGGCAGAUGGCUUCGCGCAGAAGCCGAGCCAUCUUUAGCAAGACUUUCCAAGCCAAGGAGCUACUCGCUUCUUCGAAGGCAAGCUGGACGCAAGUGUCCAGGCUCAUUCGUGUGUUGAGACACUGCGGCUACAUCUAUCUGAAGCAGUGA